AUGCAGAUGGAUGAUGAUGACGAGGAAGGGCCUAAGCAGGGCAUGUUCUGCCUUCAGCGUAGCCCCGAGGAGAUUUUCGGUGACGACGAUGCGGCUUCCAAGCUCUACCCCGUCACGGAGCUGGACCCGCACAAGUCCUUGAUGAAGCCUGACGACUGGACCAAGGCUCUCUCGACGAUUCGCAAGCAGCUGCCGUCGCGGCUGAACGUGGUGAUGCUCGGGACGGAGCGGCCGCUGCCCAAGCGGCUGACCAUCAGGACGGGCAAGGCGGAGAGCACGAAAGUUAGCGUGCAGAUCUUGGAUGGCAACAAGAAGCCCAUGGUGCAGAUCCCCCAGGGCAAGGCUCUGCGCGCGAUAGAGAUUCUUGAGCGCUUGGGUGAAGACAGAGAACCGGAGCCCGUCUUGAGCUUCCUCGCGAAGCCCUUCACGGGCAAGCAGUACGACAAGAUGUACUUCUUCGACCCCAUGAACAUCAAGGAGCCGGGGGACUACACCUGGACGGUGGCUAUUGCGAAGGAGGGGACCUCGAUCAAGAACAAGUCCGAGAGGCUACUAGCCGUGACGUGCAACAUCACCGUGCUGCCCGGCAACCCCACCAAGUCCUUCCUGGAGGGGGACGACUGGGACGCGUCCCUCCCUCUGGGAGACCCGUGCUGGCUGCCAGCGUUCGCAGUGAAGCUCCGCGACGCGAGCAAGUGCGUCUGUCCGAUGCGGUCGUACAAAUCCGUGACGGUUUCGUGCUCGGAGCCCGGGGCGUUCGACAUCAAGCACGCCUCCUCCGGUUCCGCGACGCACGAGAUGGCUCUGGGGAAGGCGACGAGCGACUCCGCGGGCCCCCUGGAGUACGAUGACCAUUCGUGGCGGCUUGUUCCGAAGCAGGCGGGCCUGCUGUCAGCGGCGGAGUACUGCACCCGCGCCAUCGAGUUCGAGGUCACCGUGGUGGCGCACAUGCAGCAGGACAGGCAGCAGGACGAGGACGAGAAGGUCUUCAAGAACACGUUCGAUGCCACUUUCGAGCCCGGCAAGCCGACGGAGCUAGUGCUGCUGUCCCCAGCCUCCGACAGCGACAGCGGCCCCGUGAUCACCGCGGAUGCGGGGAGCAGCCUGCCGCCGUUCUCCCUGGGGGCGAUGGACGCCUGCGGGAACCGGACGGCGCCCCCUCACAACGAAGCGUGGCAGGUCACUCUUGAAAUCACGGCCGCGAGCGCGGGCGACGCGGGCGAGGUAGGUCCCGAGUUCGCUGGUCCGGUGAGGGAGAAGGUCGCUGCCGGGGCGGCGAGCUUCAACGACUCCGUGGUCAAGUGGCACCGGCCGCUCAAGUCGGACGGAGAGCUUGCGGUGGUGGACGCUACGCUUUGGGUCGACACUAGCGGCAAGGACAGGAAGCAAGUGGCCUCGACGUCCUUCACGGUGCGCGUGAUGCCCAGCAAGGUCCCCUUCCGGGCCGUCGUCUGCCUCGACGGCAACGCCUGGCCGGACCCCGAGGAAGCGGAACACGCGCCGGCCGCGGGGACGGGGGCGGCCAAGGCCGCCGACGCGGUCGGGGUGAGGCGCGCGUACAUCGCCGGAGGGGAGAUCUCCGGGCUGCACCUGCGGCUCUACGACCAGGGCGGGAGCGAGCUUGUCGUGGGCGAGGACACGUUCGAUGCUUCCAACAAGGAGGCCGUUACCUGCAGCUGGGAUGCCGCCUGGCGGUGGCCCCCGAAGACUAUCGAAAACGGGCUGGGGUACGACGUGCUUCCUGACCUGAAGGUGCCGACCCAGCUGUCGAGACUGGAGAACGGCAUCCACCACGCCAAGGUCGUCGUUACCCCUCGGGCUGUCGGCGGGUGGCCGUUGACUCCGCUCCCGGCGACCUUUGCCUUCGCGGUGCAAGCAGGACCGGUUUCCCGGUGGAUGGCGGUGAAGCCCUCGGCGGGCGGCAAGAUCACGGACAACAUCACCCCUCUCGAGCUCACCAGCGGCGACGACGCCAAGGCGUGUCACGAGUCUUUGAAGGCGGUUGUUCAAGGCUUCGUUCCCGUCGACAGUUAUGGGAACCUGGUCAAAAACGUGCCCAGAGCACCCGAAAUCAGGAUCGAGGGCAUGCCUUUUACGAACCUGUUGCCGGAGCAUCAGUGCAAGCUCAUGAAGCCCUCCAAGGCAAACGGCCACUACCACUUCCCCCGCAGCCUCAACCUUGAAGGCCCCCCCGGCCAGAACGGUCACAUCCUCAUCAUGGGCUCCAGCAGCGAAGACUCCGCCAACGGAGGGGACCCCGCGAGAGGGGGAAAUCAGGGGGGUGGGGCGGCGGCGGCUGGCGGCGUCGUGGACGAGACGCGCGUGCUGCGCCUGCCGGUGUCGAUAAGGGCGGGGCCCCCGGUGCAGCUGCUGAUCCGCUCUCCCGAGCUAGGGAUCGGGCAGUUCACCAGAGAGAUACGGGCGACGCAGCUGUCGGGCUUCACGGUGAGCGACCUUGAGGUGCGUCUGGUGGACAGAAACGGCUUCGAUGCGCACAUAGGCCCGAAGGGCGUCAGGCUCUUGGUUACGCCACGCGACGCCCUGCCGUCCGAAGGCGGCGGCAGCGGCGGCCUCGGCUCUCCCCGUGGCCGGAAAAAAGCCUCUUCGUCGUCGAACUCCUCGUCCGGAAAGAAGGACCUGUCAAAGCGAGCCACCACCGACCCGCAGAUAACCAUGCCGAAGUUCUCCCUCGACCAGAAAGUUCUGGGAGGGGAUGAACAGGCCUCUGGCAAAACCAGCAAGAGCGCAGAGAGGGCGGAGAGGGAGAGGGCCGCGAGGGUUGCCAAGGAGGGGGUGGCGCUGCUGGUGCGCGCGGAGGUGGCUGACCUGGACGUUGAAGCGGCGACCAUCUACUGGACAAGGCAGAGGACCAGUGCCGUGACGAAGGUGAACCUCGCCGCGCUGUCGCCGCCGCCAGCUUCGACAACGACGCCUACCCUACAGGAGCCCGCGAAGCUCGGUUCCGUCAUGGGGCAGAGAGCCAGGAGGUAUGGGAUCGUGAGGCCGGUGGACGGCCCCCUCCCAUCCAUGGUGGUGUGGUUCGAGACGGACAACGGCAGCCCGUGCGAGCCGCCGCCCGACAGCGUCACCUUCACCGUCACCUCGGUUUCGAGCACGGCCGGCGUCGCCUUCACUGUCACCUCAGUUUCGAGCACGGCCGGAUCUCACGAAUUGUACAACGCGCGUGAGAACCUCCUCCGGACACAAAGCAACCUGUACCACCCGCCGGUCCCCGCGCCCGCGAGCUUGGGCAAGGACCACGCUUUGGUUUUCCAUCCCAAGAAGGAUGUCAUGGAGCAGGACGUCGGGGAGCACUCCAUCUCGUGUACGUACUCAGAACGCAGGCCGCUGGCGACACAGGGCACCCAGGGCGAGGACGAUGAGAGGGUGCAAGAGAUGACCCUACGCGUGGUCGCAGGCGCACCCGCAAAGCUGGAGCCCAUGUCGGACGACGCCAGCCUGUUCCACUCUCUGAGCGCCAGCAACCAGACGCCGAUGAACCCGAACGAUGACGAGGCCAAGCACGCAAGGCAGCUGGUCGAGAAGACCUUCCGCUUCACGGCCAACGACUGCAGGGGGAACCUCGCCGGCACCAUCAAGGGCCCCGUGCGUAUGCGGAUCGAGAACGUGGACGGGGUGGACGUGCCGCCGUCGGAGAUGCCUCGGCUGGAGGAGUCCGACGCCAACGGUUACGUUCUCGCCGAGCCAACCGCAACCGGAGUGUUCCUGUUCGAGGAGAACUGGCUGCAGCCCGGGGUCGGGUCGAGAGAAGCGGACUACAAACACGGCAGACUCAGACGACAGCCGUAG